CCAGCUUUCAGUACCAGUUUCGAUCUUGGGAGGGACACAUGGAGAGGAUGGAGAGCAGACAAUACAUGCCUGCAGGUCCUCUGAUGGACGUCACAGUCACUGCUGGGAAGUUAAAUGAAGUUCACCUGCCACACUGGAUCUGCAUCGAUGCCAUCCCUGACAUAUUGGACAAGUUUGCAGUCGUUCACAUAGAUGACUGUGGAGAUGUUGUGGAAAAAGUGUCUGAGGUCACACCAACACAUGUCAAGUUAACUGAACCAAAUUUCUCGACAAUUGGGGACAUAAUACGUUCCAUAUUUCCUCCAAAAAUCAGCUGUUACAUGUUGAUGUACUAUAAACCCAACACAUCAUUCCUCAAACUCCACGUCUAUCUGAUACGACAGGAUCCUGCUCUGGAACAGGAAAUUGCUGAGAAAUAUCGUGAGAAAAAUGAUGAGACAAAAUCCGAUUUGAAAUUUCAAAAAAUCAUAAAGCAUCCCCCAGACCAGUACCUGCAAACUGAGCGUCUUUUCAGCCUCAAAGCCGACGACACAAGUACAAAAAUUCAACCGGAGACACAGGAGUUAACCCUCAGGUACAAUAAGCAAAACUUCUAUGAGGUGUACGUUAAGAAUCCAGGCAGUGAACUCAUACUCACACUGGUGCACACUCACCCAGCUGAUGGUGAACCAGCUGAUGAGCCACUAUGGAAAUGUGAAAUUCGAGCAGAUGACCAUCCAGAGUCUGGUCAAGCCGAAGCUGCAGGAUCCUCAGUGGGAGCAGCUGCUGUCAGCUCUCUGUCGGCUGAGGAAAACACUGUGGACAAACAUCUGUCUGCACAGAUGCAGAAAGCAUUAACAGUCCAAUCAGACAAAGAGAGACUUUUGGAAAUGUUAGAACAUCUGGAAAAGGAGGAGCUUGAAAAGUUCAAGUGGCUUUUGGUGGAGCUCAAACCCAUCCCAAAGAGCAAACUGGAGGAGGCCAACAUCUGUAACCUGGUGGAUCUGAUGUUCGGGGCCUACACCCAACAUACUGUGGAGGUGACCAAGAAGGUUUUUAGGAAAAUGAACAGGAAUGAUUUGGUGAAGAAGUUGUCAGACACGAGCUCGAGAUCCAAAGACUGACAUCAACAUGAUGAGAUCAGGUCUCUGUGGGUCUGACCGUCUGCUGCAGGACUCUUUAUGUCUCUGACUCUCUGUUCGGGCUCGUUGUCCUGCUGCAGGAUCGAUGCGUCACUCUUAGUCCUGGUGAUGGAUCAGAAUCUGUACUUUAACAUUCGUGAGAUUCUAAAUCUCAAACUCAGUUUCCAGAGUUGCAGCUGUGAACCUGCACAGAGCCUCCAUGAUGUUUCACUUUUACCUGCACACACCUGAUCCAGACAGUGAGCAAAGGAACAUCUGUGUGAAUCUACACAGCAUGGCUUUGAUUUGCUGCUUGCUGCAUGAACUGAUAAACUCUGAUAAAUUAUUAUAUUUUCACUGGUGACAUGGGGCUAAAAAUAUGAUCAGAUUUAUCUACACGUUUUCUUUAUUAAUGUGACAAUGUUGGCAUCUGUGGCUGUGUGGACGAUGAGAGGAAAUGUAAAUGUAAAAAGAAAUGAAUUUGUUUUAGUGGUUUUCUUUGUGUUAUGUUUUUUGUUACUCAUGUGAAAUGACUGCAUCUUGAAGCAUGAAGAGAUGAUUUUACAGUGAGUUCCUAUAUCUUCUGUCAUAGCAGCACAUUCAGUUUUUUCUAGCAGUACAGUGUGUGACAGACUUUACAGGGAGCCUGUUGUGCUUUUCUUCAUUUUUUUCACUUUCAUACUUCAUAUAAAUAUUGUUGGUUGAUGCUCAUAUUGAACAUGAUCUUUUUCCCUCUUCUUGUGGUCGUUGCUCAGUCUGGUUUGGAGGAGAAAAGCUUCCAGACCAACUGGGUGAAGGUUUGACGUUACUGAGGAUUACAACAUGUCUGUUUGUCAUAUUUUAAUCAAGGAGAAUUUUUUUAAUUAGAUAAACAUUGGAGAAUUUUAUACUUUUUUUUUCUUUGCUUUUUUACUAAUUCUUUUCAAAAUAUUCUUUUAUCUGAUAUAAAGAACUUUAAACCAA